AUGAGGUACUUCCUUACUUACCUGUUUGUGCUGCUGGUGGCGAUCGUCAUACCGAUAUUUUCUAUGUACUACCUCCUCAAUGGAAAGGGUGAGCAAAUAAGUUUUGGAUGGUUCCUGGAAAACACAUCCCCUUACAUGUGGGCAACUCUAGGGAUCGCUUUUGCCGUGGCGUUCUCUGUGGUUGGCGCGGCGAUGGGUAUCCACACAACCGGAGUGAGCAUAGUCGGAGGAGGUGUCAAAGCCCCAAGGAUCAAGACCAAAAAUUUGAUCUCCGUUAUUUUCUGCGAAGCCGUCGCUAUCUAUGGACUGAUUACUGCCAUCGUGUUAUCUGGAAUGUUAGAGAAAUACACGGAACCCCUCGUCGACGUAAACAUCAAACAACAGAACUGGAUGGCUGGAUAUGUGAUGUUCGGUGCUGGGCUAGCUGUUGGUCUGGUGAAUUUAUUCUGUGGUAUCGCCGUUGGUAUUGUGGGCUCAGGAGCGGCCUUAGCUGAUGCAGCCAAUGCAGCACUGUUUGUGAAGAUCCUCAUUGUUGAGAUUUUCGGAUCAGCUAUUGGUCUUUUCGGUCUUAUCGUCGGUAUUUACAUGACGUCAAAGGUCAAAAUGGGUAACCAGUAA